AUGUCACCUGGGGAAAUACUGGACCCCCUGCCCGACACCUUCAUCCUACAGCCGCCUGCCUUCCAUCCGGGGCCUCCUCCUUCCCUCCCCCGACCCUCCCCAACCCUCUCUGCCCACAUUCGCCUGGUCCAGGUGGUUCCGUAUGUCACCACCAUUUUCGGUGGCCUGCGUGCCGGCAAGAUGGUCAUGCUGCAGGGUGUGGUCCCCCGUCGUGCCCGCAGGUUCCAGGUGGACUUCCAGUGCGGCUGCAGCCUCGACCCACGCCCCGACAUCGCCAUCCACUUUAACCCGCGCUUCCACACCACCCGGCCCCACGUCAUCUGCAACUCGCUGCAGGGUGGCCGCUGGCAGAGGGAGGCCCGCUGGCCACAUCUGGCCAUGCAGAGGGGAGACAGCUUCCUCCUCCUCUUCCUCUUUGGAAAUGAGGGUGUAAAGGUGAGCGUGAACGGCCACCACUUCCUUCACUACAGCUACCGGCUCCCACUGUCGCGGGUAGACACCCUGGGCAUCUUCGGGGACAUCCUGGUGAAGGCCGUCGGAUUCCUGAACAUCAACCCAUUUGUGGAGGGUGGCAGCGAGUACCCAGUUGGACACCCUUUCCUGCUGGAGAGCCCCCGACUGGAAGUUCCCUGCACCCGUGCCCUUCCCCGGGGUCUCAUGCCCGGGCAGGUCAUCGUAGUUCGGGGCCUGGUCCUGAAAGAGCCCAAGGACGUGACGCUGAGUCUGCUGGAUGAAGCUGCCCGCGUGCCUGUGACGCUCAGGGCGUCCUUUGUAGACAGGACCCUGGCCUGGAUCUCACCCUGGGGACGCAAGACACUCAUCUCGGCCCCCUUCCUCUUCUACCCACAGCGCUUCUUUGAGGUGCUGCUCCAGUGCCAGGAUGGCAGUCUGAAGCUGGCUCUCAACGGGCAGGGCCUGAGCGCCACUAGCCUGGGCCAGAAGACCCUGGAGGGACUCCGGGUGUUCCGUGUCACUGGCAGCGUCCACCUCUACUGUGUCCACUGCUGA